UCACUGGGCGUGGUUUAAAUCAGUCGCCAUACUCUCUUCAGUGUAGAUUGUUCUGGCUUGUUAUGGAAAUUUCUGGAAGUUUCCGAACGGUUUAAAUUGACACUAAACGGGCGUGUCGCAGACUUAAAACGGGGCACCGACCAACGGACUACUCGAGGCUUUUCCAACAGUUUGCAUUCAAACGACGGACUUACUGUCGGCCGGUCGUGGGACAGGAUGGGGAAAGACUACUACGACAUUUUGGGAAUUAAAAAAGACGCUUCCGAGGACGACAUAAAGAAAGCUUAUCGUAAGCAAGCUCUUCGCUAUCACCCGGACAAGAACAAGUCGCCAGGAGCUGAGGAUAAAUUUAAAGAAAUCGCCGAAGCUUACGAUGUCCUGAGCGACCCAAAGAAAAAGGACAUUUACGACCGAUUUGGAGAAGAAGGACUGAAAGGAGGUGGACCAUCUGGUGGUGGCGGCGGUCCUGGCAACUUUAGCUACACGUUCCAAGGCGACCCACACGUCAUUUUUUCAGAGUUCUUCGGUGGUCGAAAUCCUUUUGAGCAAUUCUUUGGUGGGCGCAAUGGUGGCAUGGAUGAGGACAUGGACACUGAUGACACCUUUGCCCGCUUUGGAAUGGGUGGUAGCGGCUUCCCUCGCUCCUUCAGCUCAGGUAUGGGAGGCUUUGGCGGUCACAGUAGUGUUGUGAAGAAACAACAAGACCCCCCUGUGGUCCAUGAUCUUGGGGUGACCUUGGAAGAAGUACUGUCUGGUUGCACAAAGAAAAUGAAGAUCUCGCGCAAAAGGGUGAAUCCCGACGGGCGAACGCUUAGGAGAGAGGAGAAAAUCCUGGAGGUUCAGAUAAAGAAGGGAUGGAAGGAAGGCACUAAAAUCACGUUUCCCAAAGAAGGGGAUGAAACCCCGACAAACAUUCCAGCUGAUGUGGUGUUCGUGUUAAAGGACAAACCGCAUGCUGUGUUCAAGCGUGACAACUCUGACAUUGUUUACACAGCCAAGAUCUCACUUCGAGAUGCCUUAUGUGGCUGUACAGUCAACGCGCCUACACUUGAAGGCCGAGUCGUAACAGUGACAUCAACAGAUGUGGUGCAGCCCGGGAUGAAAAGGCGCAUUAGCGGAGAGGGGCUGCCGUAUCCUAAGCGUCCAGACCGUCGAGGUGACCUGAUUGUGGAAUAUGAGGUGAAAUUCCCUGAACGGCUCAGUCAAAGUGCUCGGGACACCAUCGCCUCAGUUCUUCCUCGGUCGUAAACGGGCCAAAAUGGACUUAAGCCCUUUCCCCACAUUGAAGCUGCCAAUGUUAUUUUUCUUUUAGUUUAUCACCACAUGGGAGACAAUGUUGUAGUAAUGUUCUCUAAUACAAAUGGGAUGUAAUGCCCACUCACCCAUAUUGUAAAUGCCACAUUGGAAUCUGUAAGAUAUUACAGGCUUGGUUGUAAAUAUAGCCAAUAUUAUUUGGUGUUAAGUUUUAUGAAGAUUAUAUUUUUUGGGUAUAUUUGUGUAUAAAGAGUGAAUCUGAGGCAUUGUUAAAAGGAAUAAAGAAUGGGAGUAUUUGAUUGUCUGUAA